AUGGAAGCAAGCACUCGCAGGAACACUCAUGGUGAUCCACCAAAGAUCAGUGUUAAUCUUCCAAAGUUAAGUGAGCUUACCCAGUCGAAAAAACCUUGGAGGGAGGUUCAACUCCCAAUUGACAUUCUGUUGUUAACAGUGAAAGACGUUGAGUUUUUAAGUUGCUACUAUUACAUUAAUGAUCUAAUCAAAAGCUAUCUGAAAGGGCUUGGUUUAGUAUACUUUGGCAGCAUUGGUGAAGAUAAAGAUGUCAAACUGAAAGUUGCUUUGAUGAAAUGCUCAGAGGGUUCUAACGUUCCUGGUGGUGCUUUGAUCGUUGUAAAAAAUGCUGUCACUCAGCUGAGGCCAAAAGCUGUCUUUUCUGUAGGCCACUGUAGUGGUAUGAAUCAGGAAUCGACAAAGCUGGGGGAUGUGGUUGUAUCAAAAAAGCUCACAACUUAUUCCUAUCAGAAGGUUGCAAAGGAUGGCAAGAAAUUUCGUGGGUUCAUAACUCCUGUAAGCAGAGACAUCGCUGAACUCAUCGAAUGUGCAGGUCAUGGUUGGAAUCCACCCUUAGAAAAUCCUAAAGAAAGGAAGGUUGAAGUCCACUGUGGUGAGGUUUUGAGUGGUUCAGAGCUCGUACAAGCUGAGUGGCGACGAGAUGAACUAGUGAAGUCAUUUCCUGAAGCAAUUGCAAUUGAGACAGAAGGAGAGGUAAGGUCUCCUUUUUCCUUUUAAGUAACUGUUACUUUAAAAUCUGCUCAAAGAGAUAUUCGGGUAUAUUUGAAUCUAGGGAGAGAGAAUUGAUACCUAUAUGAUAUCAGUUGUGGUGGGUAAGCUUUUCUGCCAGUGUCGAGAGAUGCACUGGCUGUGUGUGAACAUACUGGACUUCAGAUCAAGAGGUCUGGGUUUAAGCCCUGGGCUAAUGGGAUUGUGUUGUAGUCUUGGCUGAGAGGCUUUACUCUCACAGUGUGUCUCUACACCCACGAGUAUAGAUGGCUACUGAUGAACUGUCCACUAUUUCAUAUACAUGUAGAGGGAGUAAGGGUAUAGUCUUAGUGUCUGAAUGGUAUAAGCCCUGGGAGAAGCUCGUGCUACAGGGACUAGCUCGGUACUUAGUAUACAUAACUUUCCAAAAUAUAUCUCUAGUUCCUUACAAAUUUUUGAUAACAAUGGUAACAUGAUAACAAUGGUUGAAAUCAGUAGAUGUUGGAGAAAAUUUGUUGUUUUAUUCUUAAAAGCUUGUUUUUUUUGUCUCAGGAGUUUUCAGCGCAGCACGUGAUCUGUAA